CAGCCCUUCCUCAUAUUCGGCCAUGGGAAAGCUAUUCAUCGGAUGGACCUUGAUGGGAAGAACCACAGAAGGCUUGUUGCCGGCGUGGGAAGCUCGAUCCUGCUAGACUUUCAUUUCAGAGAGGAGAGAGUUUACUGGGCUGACAAACACACUGGGGUCAUCUACAAAGCAUCAGUGAGAGGAGUAAACAGACAGAAACUGUACUCAUCUGACAAACAUAUCUCGGGACUUGCGGUGGACUGGGUUUGGAACAGUGUAUAUUGGACAAGUGGAGAAAAGGGAAAAAUCAAGAUAAUGGAUAUAAAUGGGAAAAAUGAAAGGACUCUUUUAAGACACUUGACCCAACCCAGUUGUAUAAACGUUGACCCCACUAACAGGUUUCUUUUUUGGCUGUCUGGCGGGAUGACUCCAAGUAUUCAGCGGUCUGAUGCGACAGGACAGAUGAAAACUACACUUAUUAAGAUAGCAGAACAACUGGAAGCACUGUCGAUUGACCGAGAGGAUAAAAGACUGUACUGGGUUCAGUUUGGUCUGCAAGAAGAAAGUGCCAUUGCCUCUUGUGAUUACAACGGGAACGUCCUGCACAUCAUAGAUACGCCCCUUCAGUCUCAGUCACUGGGGAUAUCAGUUUUUCUGGAGCACUUGUACUACACUGAUGCCGCAUCUCGGGUAAUGAAACAAGUAAACAAGUACACUGGUGGAGAGCCACUGACUAUUAACAUAAAACAAAUGGCAAAACCCCCAGUUGAUAUCAAGGUGGUACAUCCCCUCAACCAGCCAAUGGCAGACUCCCAAUCACCAUUUCCAGGUUGCGACGAACAGAGUGGAAAUUGCGUGAAUGUGUGUUCCAGUCUAGCCGAGCAAGGGACUUGCCAGUGCAGUGAAGGCUUUGCUCUCAGUAAGCAAGGCAUUUAUUGUGAAGAUGUUAAUGAAUGUGCCCAUUGGAACCACGGCUGCUCUCUUGGUUGUGAAAACAUCCCAGGCUCCUAUUUCUGUACCUGCCCUAAAGGAUAUGCCCUCCUACCAGACAGGAAGACAUGUGGAGAGAUCAUACCAUGUGAAGGCAAUAUCACCAAGUGUGGCCAUGGGUGCCUGACAACAGACGAGGGUGCUGUCUGUGUGUGUCCAGAGGGAUCUUUACUGCAGGAGGAUGGUCAGGCCUGUACUGGCUGCUUGUCUGCAGACAGAGGGGGUUGCAGUCAGCUCUGUACUCCUGUCACCCCGACUAGGUGGCAGUGUGGUUGUCUGCCUGGCUACCAGCUCCACCAAGAUGGAAAGCGCUGCAUUGCCUCUGGACCACCACCUUAUCUGCUAGUUGCCAAUCUAGUGGAUGUAAAACAAAUUAAUCUUGAUGGCACUGGGGAUAAAGCCCUUGUGGAGGAGCCCCGAGGAACAAUCAUAGCUUUGGACUAUGACCCUGUCCAGAAUAAUGUGUACUUUGCUAGUACAAGCCAGAAGACAAUUGAGCGGGUUGAUUUGAACAGUGGGUUGAGGAACGUUCUCGUCUCUGAUGGUUUGGACUCUCCAGAAGGACUGGCGAUAGACUGGGUCCAUCGCAGGAUGUACUGGACAGAUAAAAGCCAGUCAACUGUUGACUGCAGUACCUUGGUUGGACUGGACCGAAUAACCAUUGUAAGCAAAGGGCUAGAAAAACCAAGAGGAAUCGCAGUUCAUCCUUUGGCAAAGAAGUUGUUCUGGACUGAUAUAGGGGCCGUGCCUGUCGUGGAAAGCGCUUCUUUGGAAGGGAAAGACCGCGCUGUAGUCGCUAGCACCAACCUGGUGUCACCAAGCGGCCUGGCCAUCGAUUUCACAGAGGACCGUCUGUUCUGGUGCGACCAGAGGAGGGGCCUGGUGGAGAGUGCUGCUCUGGAUGGUUCAGAUCGACAGGUCCUGUUAGAGAACCAAGUAGGUCGGCCUUUUGACGUGGCAGUAUUUGAGGACAGGUUGUGGAUAUCUGAUCAGGAGCACCAGCAGCUGCGGAGCGUGCACAAGCGGACUGGGAGAAAACUGCAACGUAUCCAUGGCAACAUGGUCCAGCCAGCAUCCAUCGUGGUGGUUCAUCCCCUUGCUAAACCAGGGGCAGACGUUUGCAUUUACCUAAAUGGAGGUUGUGCCCAGGUGUGUGAAAGCAAACUGGGAUUGGCCCACUGCUCCUGUCUGUCACACUUCUACCUAUCAGCUGAUGGAAAAAGUUGCUUGCCUGCCGACGCUUCGAAUGGGACCGCAGAAUCUGGAGACAGUGAAUCCACUGAUUUAACGUCUCUCAAAAACAAAACCUUCAACGAUGAGAGCGCACCCCUGACAACGCCUGGGCUGUUAACCGAUAAAGCGGCGGCUGAUCUAGACUCGGAUGUGGGCAGUGAGCCAACUCUCUUCACAGACAAGAUGGUUUCAGACCAGAAUGAGUGUUACUCGCUUCGCUGUGAUGUAAAUGCACAGUGCCUGCUCAGUGCUGGCAGCCCAACCUGUCUAUGUCUAGAAGGUCUUACAGGUGAUGGACACAUGUGUGUGGAUAUUGAUGAGUGUAAACAGGGAACACACAAAUGUGACAAACAUGCAGAAUGCCAAAAUGCCUUGGGGAAGUAUCUCUGCAAGUGCCACUCUGGAUACCACGGCGAUGGGAAGACUUGUCAAGAGUUGGAGAUCACAUCGCCAUGGGUGACGACCGGUAGCCCUGCUGAUGUCACCACCCAGCACCACAACAGUAACUCAAUAGAGAGCUGCCCCUCCAGCCACGACUCCUACUGUCUGUACCAGGGUGUCUGCUUCUACUUUCCUGAAAUGGAGUCCUAUGCUUGCAAUUGUGUAGCAGGCUACGUGGGGGAGCGUUGUCAGUUCAGUGACCUGGAGUGGUGGGAGCUGCAGCAGGCUGAGGAGGAGAAGAGGAGGAACGUGGUCAUUGCCGCCUGCAUGGUGGUCCUCGUGUCCCUGCUCUCCAUCGCUGCCUGUGUCACCUACUGUUACGGAACUAGAAACUUCUUCCACAAACAGCCCUCAGAGGAUAGCGUGAGCGAGACCAGCGUGACAGAUGAGAGCAUGUCAGAGACCACCACAACCAGUGUGCCGCGGUUCUCCAUGGUAGCAGAAAAUGGCGUGGAAGGAAUGGUGAUCCCUGCCAUGGGCUGUCCCAGGAGAGCUGUCUGUCCAUCCUGCUCUUCAGAAACAGGCAACAACCUUGUGUCUGAAGAGUUGGGAAGAUUGUCACAGCACAACAGAGGGUAUGAGUGUUCCAUGGUGUCAACUGUUGCCAUGGAGACCACACAACCCACUGUCCAUCACUCAAGUCCGUCACUGUCAAGCUCAUACACUUGUACAUCCAUCAAGCCACCACUGUUCUCCCAGACUCCCAGGCCAGAGUCCCCUGCCUCCUAG